UAUACGGAGAUUGCUAAUUAUCAGAUUCGAUUAGUAAAUACUACGGAACUAUCUCCGAAAUCUUUAUCAUUCGAUUAAAUCCUUGAUUGAGGUUAGCGGUCAUUAGCCCAAUCGGGAAGGUCCCGGUCUUAAGCUCUGCUGCGUCCCAAACAGGAAAGGACUGCGGAUAUAACUUUUCAAUAUCCACAGUUUGAAAAAUCUCUAUAAAUAUUGGGGGAUAGAAGCUUAAUCACCAUUAUUCAAUUGGUUUUAUUACACAUUCUCAAUUACUCAAAUAAGUAACUAGGAAACUAAUACUAUACUAAUAAAAAUGUCUACUAAAUCAAUCUUUGUUAUUGGUGCUACUGGAUUCAUUGGACUCCAAAUUGCUUUAGCCUUACGCCAUGCUGGCUUUAUUGUCUAUGGACUUGCUAGAUCGGAUGAAAAAAUUGGAAUUUUAUUAAAAAAUGAAAUUAUUCCUAUUUUACAUACUUCUAAUGAUGUGAAUUAUCUUGAAAAAGUUGCUAAAUUAGGUGUAACUCAUGUUAUUGAUUUAAGUGGUACACCUGUUAGUACUCCAGCAAUUGCUGCAAAAUUAGUUGAAAUUAAUAAAUCCAAUAAAGUUAAAAUUGGAUUGGUUUAUACUAGUGGACUUUGGGUUCAUGGUAAUGAUCCAAUUAAUGAAGUUGAUGAAACUCAUACUGGUGCAGAUGAAAAUGUAGCUGAGUUAAUUAGAUGGAGACCAACUUUAGAAAAGAAGCUUUUAGCUUAUAAGGAUGAAUUACCUGUUAUUGUUGUUAGACCUGGACUUUUAUUUGGAUACAAUUCUCCAAUCUGGGCUGUUUUCUUUAAAGACCUUGUUGAAGAAAUUGUUAAGAAUGGUAAAGGAGAAGUGUAUAUCCCAGUUAAAAAAGAUUUAAAAACUGGUUUCAUUCAUGUAACUGAUGUUGCUGACUUUUUCCUUAAAGUUAUUGAAAAAUUCGAAUUGUUUAAUUCAUCAGUUCAUAAAUUAGCAAUUUUUGAUAUCAUUAGUGAAACCAUUGAAGUUGCUCCAUUCCUUGAGAAAGCUGCUAAAGAUUUGGGAUUUAAAGGUUCUAUCAACUUUGCUGGUCCACCACCAGGUAAUAAAUUCAUUGAAGCUUUUAAUACUUCUUUUGUUGCAAGUUCUAAACGUGCAAGAAGUCAUUUUAAUUGGGAACCAAAAUCAUUGAUUAGUAGAGAUAUUGGACUUUAUGCUAGAUCAUGGGCUGCUGCUAAUAAUAAAGAUUAUGUUAAUUUUUAUGCUAAACUCUAAUUCUACAAUGUUAUAUAGGUUAAAAAAUAUUG